AGAUAAAUGACAGCGAGGGUCACCCCAGCAGCAGCCACCAAACCUUGAAAGGAACCUCAAAAUGGGCUACAUCACUGGAGAGCCUCCUCGAAGAUCCAGAAGGAGUGAAACGAUUUAGGGAAUUUUUAAAGAAAGAAUUUAGUGAAGAAAACGUUUUGUUCUGGCUAGCAUGUGAAGAAUUUAAGAAAACACAAGGAAAAAAACAGAUGCAAGAAAAAGCUAAAGAAAUUUACAUGACUUUCCUGUCCAGUAAAGCUUCCUCCCAAGUCAAUGUUGAAGGACAGUCCCGUUUGAACGAGACCAUUUUGGAGACACCUCACCCUCUCAUGUUUCAGAAGCUCCAGGACCAGAUAUUCAAUCUCAUGAAAUAUGACAGCUACAGCCGCUUCUUAAAGUCAGACAUAUUCCUAAACCAUAAGAAGUGUGAGGAGCAAGAGGAGAAUUCACCAGAGGCCCAGACUGCAGCAAAAAGAGCAUCAAGAAUUUACAACACAUGA